AUGUUGAAGAAAGUUAAUCCUACUCACAAGGUUUUAGUCAAGUAUUUGAAGACGAUUAAUCCAGAUGUGGAAACAGGGGUUUUGCUUGAAGUUGAAGCUGGAUCAUCUAAACAAUCCAAGAAGUCUAAAGUAAAUGAAGCAGAGGUACCGGCUACAAGAAUGAAUAAGCCUAAAUCAAAGUCUCCAAAGAAAAAGGAGGAUGUUGAAGUAACAAAGGAAAAAGAAGUUGUUGAAUCAAAGAAGGAAUUAAUACCAUCAAAGUCAGGAGUAUUGAAGAGGUUGCGUAAAACACAACUAAGUAGAAAAGGAGUUGUUGUUCGAGAAAUUCAUGCUCCUGUUUCUCCAUUAUCCAAGAAGGGAAGGGUAGAUGAUGUAGCAAAGCAUAUCACCGAGAAGAGAUAUAAACGAAAACUUGUUAUUCGUGAUGAUUCAUCCGAAAAUGAUGUGGUCGCUGAUACACCACCAGUUUUGUCCUCACCAAUGGUAACUCUUUCUACAUUUAUUUCGUAUGUUUCUCCCACACCUAUCAUUACACCUUCAACAUCCAUUCCACUCGAAAUUGUUGUGACCAAGUCAAUAUUUAAGGAGGUCCCAAUUUCAAACUGUUGGAUUUUAGUAUAA